AUGGACCUAAACUUCAACGCGGUCCUCGAAUCUCCCGUUUUCGCCGGCGGCGUAGGCCUCGCCGCUCUCGGCAGCGUCGCAGCCCUCGCGCGCCGCGGUGCGAUCCGUUAUGCACAGCUCCUCCGCCGCCAGCUCCUCAUCAACGUCGAGAUCUCCAAGACCGACCCGUCCUAUCCCUGGGUACUGGGAUACCUCUCGCGCCCCCGUGAGAGCCCUGGCCUGCUCGCCUCCCGCCUGACGCGCAUCCGUCAGCUCUCAGUGAAGACUACGACCCGCUCUGCAGCGCCGGGCAGGAGUGCGAGCAAUGUCGGGCCUACGCACGCGCACUUUGCGCUCGUCCCGGGAUAUGGCACACAUCUAAUACGUCAUGCGCCGGGUGUCUACGUGAUGGUACAGAGGGAGAAAUCGUCGACCGCCGAGAUGUCUACCGGCGAGCCGCACGAGACCAUGACGCUGACGGCGCUCUGGGCGCAUCGUCAUGUGUUUGAGGAGAUCUUUGGGGAUGCGCACGCCAUGAUGGCCAAGGCCACAGAGGGAAAGACGGUGGUGUAUACGGUCCGUGGGUUCGACUGGGUCCAGCUGGGCGAGCCGAGGCGCAAGAGGCCACUGGGGAGUGUGGUGCUAGAUGAAGGCGUUAAGGAGGGCAUCGUGGCGGACGUGAAGGAUUUUAUUGCCAGGCAGGAAUGGUAUGCUGAGCGGGGCAUACCGUACCGGAGAGGCUAUCUGCUCUUUGGACCACCAGGUGGGGGGAAGUCAAGCUUUAUACAUGCCCUGGCCGGGGAGCUGAAUUUUGCUAUUGCAACUAUCAACCUGAGCGAGCGGGGUAUGGCGGAUGACAAGCUGGCCAUGAUGAUGCAGAAGCUGCCAGCACGAACCAUCGUCCUGCUGGAGGAUGCAGACGCCGCUUUCGUCAACAGAAAACAAAAGGACUCAGAUGGCUACAGCGGAUCCACAGUCACAUUUUCCGGUCUCCUCAACGCGCUGGACGGCCUGUCGGCUGGAGAAGAGAGGAUAGCAUUCCUCACCACAAACCACAUCGACAGGCUAGAUCCAGCGCUCAUCCGGCCAGGACGGGUGGACAUGAUUGUCCGGGUGGGCGAGGCGACGAGGUACCAGGCAGGUGAGCUGUUCGACCGCUUCUAUGGCGACGUCGACAGGGACGGAAGCGGAAAGCAACGCUUCCUGCAGAAGCUGGAUGAUAUGGGCCUGUUCGAUGAGAAGACUCCGAGGCGCACGAGUGCAGCAGCCAUCCAGGGAAUCUUCCUCUUCAACAAGAACGAUAUGGAGGGUGCCAUCGCCAUGGCCGAAGUACUCGGUCAGGCAACACCGACGGACAGCUGA